AUGCUCAACCUUGCCCUAAGAAUCAUCAUCGGAAUAGCUUGCGUGCUUUGGCUACUCAUCUACAAAAUUCGGAGAAGGCAUUUGUCGACAUUCGACUUCAUAGAAUCCUUCCUACAGAGUAAUAACGACCUCAUGCCCAUCCGCUACUCAUACAAAGACAUCAAGAAAAUGACGAGUGGCUUUCGUGACAAGCUCGGCCAAGGUGGCUACGGUUCGGUCUACAAAGGAAAGCUUCGAAGCGGCCACACUGUGGCUAUCAAACUACUCGACAACAAAAACUCCAGAAAAGAUAACGGACAAGACUUCAUCAAUGAGAUUGCCUCCAUCGGGAGGAUCCACCAUGUCAAUGUGGUCAAACUCGUCGGAUACUACGCGGGAAGACUAUCCAACAGACGAGCCCUCGUGUUCGACUUUAUGCCCAACGGCUCCCUCGAGCGGUACAUAUUUACCCGGCCGGAGGAAAGUCGGAACCUUCUGAGCUGGGAGAAAAAAUACGAGAUUGCAAUUGGAGUGGCAAAGGGAAUAGAGUAUCUGCACCGAGGGUGUGACAUCCAAAUCCUCCAUUUCGACAUCAAACCUCACAACAUACUUCUUGACGACAAAUUCACGCCUAAAAUAUCCGAUUUCGGGCUCGCGAGAUUGUACGCCGUCAAUGACAAUACGGUGACUCUCACGGCCGCUCGGGGGACGAUAGGGUAUGUGGCUCCUGAACUCAUCAACAGAACUAUUGGAGGGGUUUCAUAUAAGGCCGAUGUAUACAGCUUCGGGAUGCUGCUUAUGGAAAUGGUUGGCAUGAAUAGGAACAUAAUGAGAAACGACCAAGAAUCUAGCCAGUACUUCCCACACUGGAUUUAUGAUUGGCUUGAUAAAGGCAAGGACAUCGAGACUGGAGAUGCAGAAAUCGAAUGGUUCGCAUCUAUUACCCAAUGA